AUGGUCAAUGGUCAACAGAGUGAACAUCACAGAGUGAACACUCCAAUGGUCCAACAGAGUGAACACUCAAUGGUCAAGAGUGGUCCACAGAGUGAACACUCCAAUGGUCCACAGAGUGAACACUUGAACACUCCACAGAGUGAACACUCCAAUGGUCAAUGGUCCACAGAACACUCCAAUGGUCCACAGAGCAAACACUCAAAUGGUCCACAGAGUGAACACUCCAAUGGUCCACAGAGUGAACACUCCAAUGGUCCAAUGAGUGGUCCACAGAGUGAACACUCCAAUGGUCCACAGAGUGAACACUCCAAUGGUCAACAGAGUGAAACACUCCAAUGUGAACACUCCAAUGGUCCACAGAGUGAACACUCCAAUGGUCCACAGAGUGAACACUCCAAUGGUCCACAGAGUGAACACUUCAAUGGUCCACAGAGUGAACACUCCAAUGGUCCACAGAGUGAACACUCCAAUGGUCCACAGAGUGAACACUCCAAUGGUUGGCAGCGCGAACUAUUGAACACUCCAAGCGAACACUCCAAUGGUCAACAGAGUGAACACUCCAAUGGUCCACAGAGUGAACACUCUAAUGGUCCACAGCGUGAACACUCCAAUGGUCAACAGAGAGAACACUCCAAUGGUCAACAGAGUGAAUACUCCAGCAGUUGA